GUACAUAGUAAGUAAGAGAUAAAAAUUAAGAUUUAAUCUACAUUGAAAGUGUAAUGAACGUCUAUUUUCCAAAAUAAAUGCUUUGUCAUCCGAACAAGAAAUCAAAUACAAACCUUCUCGUUUGUCGGACAUAUUGCUUUGUUACUCAGCGGACAUGUUCAUGUUUGUUGUUUUUCAUUGAGAAUGAAAAUACAUUUUUUAAUUUAUUAUAUUAACUAGAGUGAACUGAAGUCCAACUAAUGCUACUUUCAGUACUGUGUAUGCCCCCUGCGGUGCGUCACGGUUGUCACUAUAUCACAAAGAAAGUUUUGUGCAAGAUGUGUAGAAGAGGAAUCAAUGCAAGAAAUUCUUAUACAAAAGGAGAAACAUCAAAUAUAUCCGAUUCUAAAGUUAAUUUACAUGCAAAGGAUUAAGAUCUCUCCUUCCCGUGCAGGUGUUGCAUUAUAAUAAUCGGUUAGAAUUUCUUAUCGACUGGUGCCUAAAAUUUUCUUUGAUACAUGUCCACGUGUUCGUGUAUUUUGGAGCUAAGUAUAUUUGAUAUAUAAAAGAAUAAUCGUGCAUUUAGAUUAGAAACAAUCAUUUGAGGUAUAAAAUAUGAAGAAAAACUUGUCACUUGCAGACAUAUUGGAAACAAAUAGGACUGCAAAUGAUGCAUCAUUAUGGAAAACUACCGAAACUUCCGAAGUGUACAAAAUAAAGAAGAGGGGGAUACGACAGUCAUUUUCAGCUAGUGAUCUUAAAUCUAUGGAUACCAUACCCCCUUUAGACAUAUACUUAUUCAGAUUGAAAUGUAAAACACGAAAACUGCGACUCGAUACAAGACGUCCAAGUUAUCUGGAAUGGAGAGCUAGUCUCAAGAAAAAUCAUGUGGAACCUGAGUACCAUAUAGAUAAGAACAAAGGUGUUCCAAACGACCAGGAUAUCGAGAAAAUUAACAAUUCCCUAAAUUGGAUUCGUGAGGAGUUGACAAAAAUGAGAGAACAGGACCAAGACUUGGCCCGUCAGUUUUUAACAAUUCACAGUGAUAUACAGAAACUAAGACUAGAAUGGAGUUGGCAAUACCACGAAUACAGUCUUCAAGACGCCUUAAUUGACUAUCAGGAAGUUCAAGAAAUUAAGCGAAUAUCCGACCUACCCGUCGUCUCCGAUACUGAAAUGUCAUUAGUAGAUAGAGGUUUAACUAAAAUGAACUUAUGUCAUAGGAAAUACUCAGUUACGUAGUACUCAUACAACUAUUUUCAUUAUAUUUUUUAUUGAACUUUAACACAUAUC